CAGCAGAGCGUUUCUGUGUUGUUUUUCCGUCGCUUGCCUUUUGUUUCUCGGAGAUUUUGAUCUGUCUAAGAAGAUCGGGGAUAUCAAGUGUCUCGUCUUUCUAUCCGACAUUCAUUUUAACUGCGUGGAGUAUUAGCCGGAAACAAAGGCUACCCACUCUUAUACCCUGUCACUACCGAUCCUGACUUUGUUCGAGUCUCCGAAAACUUCUGUCACAAUGGCCGACGCUCCUGAAAGCCCCGUCCCCCAGCAACAAACCCCCCAGAAGAACUUCUACCAGAAUGGCGUCAGAACCACCGGCCGUGCUUUCCACUCCCCCAACUGGCGCUUGAAGGGCGAAGAGAGCCCGAGUGCGCAGAGCGCCGGCUCCCCGGGCCCGAAGACCAGCACCUCGAGACUUGCUUUCAGCAGACCCAGCGCACACGUGCCGCAGGCUAUCUCUGAGGGCCGCCGUCUUUACGUGGGUAACAUGCCCUACACGGCCAAGUCGGAGGAUGUGCAAGCACUCUUUACCGCUGCCGAGUUCCAAAUCGAGCGGAUCGAUAUCGCCAUUGACCCCUUCACGGGCCGCAACCCCUCAUACUGCUUUGUUGACCUCGAGACGAAGGAGCUGGCAGAGCGGGCCAUGGUUGAGUUGGAUGGCCGGGACAUGCUUGGCCGUCCAGUCAAGAUCAAGCCGGGUGUUGUGAAGUCCGCCAGUGAGCGGUCCCAGCAGCAGCAGCAACAACAGCAGCAGCAACAGCAACCACGCGUGGAUGGCUCUCCCCGUGAGGUGAGAAGCUCGCCUUUCAGCGCUGACCGGUGGCGCCGUGGCAACGAUGAAACUCCCUCUUCCCCCGCCAGAGCCGUCAACAACGAUGCCAGCCGCCGUCUCUACGUUGGCGGUCUCCCCAAGUUGACCGAUCAGGACGCUCUCAACAUCAACAUCCGCAACUUCUUCAAGGGAUACAAUGUUGAGAACGUCAGCAAGCAGUUCGCCCCUCACCCCGCCAAGCGGUUCGAGCCCGGUGACCACUACUACCUCUUUGUCGAUUUCGACAGCGUCGAGGAGGCCGAGAACGCCAUGGGCGCUCUGCACCGCCAGGAGGGUCCCUGGGGCUCCAUGCUGCGGGUCCAGAGAGCUCGCGGAGAGACCACCACCCAGGAGAGACGUCCCAAGUGGCCGUCUAGCCGGGAUGAUGCAGCAGCCCCUGCUCUUGGCGACGCCAAUGCUGUUGCUGAGGUUGCGGUCGGCGUAUAGCUGGGAAAGCUAUACGGCUGAUCCGGUCAACCCUUCUCACGACACGAAAAAAAAGUUCCUGCAUACCCUCUCAAAGCCAAAAGUACAUGCUUGACGUUUGUUACGACGAAACAUAAAAAGGGAGGGGGUGAAUUGUUCUCACCCCGACACUCUCCCGCAAGAGAUUCAUGACCUCCAUUCUCUGCCUCGUUCUACUACGUCUGAUCCUCAACCCAUGGCUCGGGAGCAGCCGAUUGAAAAGAAGAAAACCACAGCCCCCGUCGCUGGGAGAAAGCCGCGCUUUCCCUCCCGCGACGUCAUCGCUCCCUUGGGAGCAUCUCUGUUGGGGGAUUGGCUUCCGUCUUUUGAGGCUCCCCAAUCCUGGUGCAGAUCCGAGGCACAGAAAAGGCACCAAAAUUCUAAAAACGGGAAGGUUUCCCAGAUUUAAUGACGAUAGAGUCGACCAAAACGGAGUUAUUUUUAGGGCUGAGAUUAGCUUAAUCGAAGGAAUAUUACCG